UCACCAACUAUCAUCAUGCACGAUCCCAGCGAUUAUGAUUCCGUUUGCAGUGACGAGGAUUUUCUAUAUGUUGUUCAGGGCGCCUCAACGCCGCCUUUAAUGAACUACGACGAGUUUAUGGUUAAAACUAUGGAUGAACGACAACACAUACAGAAGAAAACUUUUACGAAAUGGAUCAAUUCACAUCUAAGCAAUACCCAGUGCUCGCCAGUGAACGAUUUGUUCUUGGACCUUCGAGAUGGCCAUCGUUUGUUGGCCCUGCUCAGCACACUGACACAAACACAGCUGAAACCCGAAAAGGGUCGCAUGCGAGUGCAUCACAUCAACAAUCUGAACAAGGUGCUGCACGUGAUUCAGCAGCAUGGCGUCCGAUUGGUUAACAUCUCCAGUGACGACAUUGUUGGCGGCAAUGCCAAGCUCACCCUGGGCCUCAUCUGGCUAAUUGCGCUCGAGUUUAAUGGCCAGCAUCUAGUCAAAAGCCAUUCCAGCAAUGGCGUUGAGAAAUCCCUGCUAGCCUGGGCGCGUCAAUACACCGAGCCACAUGGUUUGUCACUCAACGAUUUCGCCAGCUCGUGGGCCGAUGGUCGCGCUUUUCUGAUGAUAUUGGCUGCGCAUCUGGAUGAGCUGGAUCUGGAGACGGCUUUGGGACAGCAUGCGUUGCAGCGUCUGCAUUUGGCCUUUGAUUUGGCGCAUCGGCAUUUCAAGAUCGAGAAGCUACUCGAUGCGGAGGAUGUGCACACACACAAGCCGGACAACAAGUCGAUACAGAUGUAUGUGAUGUGUCUGUUCCAUGCCAUGGAAUCGAUGCGAGCCAGCGAAAGGGAACGCGUACCCUGUACCAGUAUUACGGAUCUCGAUGAGGUGCCGCUGGAUACCGAGCGGGAGCUCUACACCUCGGACAGUGCGACGAGCAUGGAGCUGAAGGCGAGUGCAGUGCGUCCAUUGAGCACGGCCACAAAUGCCAGUGUGGAGAUUAGCAGCUAUCAGACGGCUCUGGAGGCGGUGCUAACGCUGCUGCUGGAGGAUGAGCAAUUGCUGUCGCAGGAGCUGCCCGAUCCCGAGGACUUUCAGACCGCCAAGCUGCAGUUUCACGACAACGAAAGCUUUAUGCUGAAGUUAACCGAACAUCAGGAAUUUGUGGGCGAAGCGCUCGAAGAGGGCAGCAAUCUGAUUAACGAGUCGCAGAAGAAAGACGGUUCAGGACUCUCGCAGGAGGAUCAGAAUGAAGUGCGUCAACAGAUGGUGCUGCUGAAUGAACGCUGGGAGACGCUGCGAUUGCGUGCCUUGGAUAUGCAGGCGAAGAUCCUCAUGCGUCUGGCUGAGUUCCAGAAACAGAAACUAGAGCAAUUGCGUCAGUUUCUCACCAAUGUCGAGGAUCGCAUCUCGCAUAUGAGCGAUAUUGGACCCACCCUCAGCGAGGCGGAACAGCAGCUAGCCGAGGCUCGACAACUGAAGUCCGAUCUCAGCGAGCAACAGGAGUUGGUGGACAGCAUUAGCAGCAUGGUGGUCAUAGUCAACGAUACCUCGGGUAAUUUCAAUGAUCUCGAGGAUCGUUUGAGUGCGUUGGGUGAGCGUUGGUCGCAUGUGGUCAAGUGGAUUGAUUUGCGCACCGAAAAGUUGCAGCAAUACAAAUGCAUCUCACGCUGGUUGGAUGCUCGAGAGCAGGAUCUGAAGCGCAUGGAGACGAGGGAUGUGACCGAUGUGGGCGGCAUUACACAGCGCAUCAAUGAGCUGAACUAUUGUGCCAAGGAUCUGCUCGAGUUGCAGCGUUAUCUCAUUGAUCUGCGGCAAAUGGUAGCUGCCACCUUGCAGGAUGGCGAUGACAAGGGCGAACGUGUGCUGAUGCAGCUGGAGAGCUACGAGGAUCGUCUGGAUGCUCUCAAGCAAAUUCUCGAGGUGCAGACGCUGCGCAUUGAGACGAAGGGCUUUAAUUUUGGACGCGAUCGUGCCAGCUACGAUGACAGUCGUGUGGUGCGUCCCGAAGGUUGGGUGGAUUAUCAGAUGAUUAUCCGAUUCGGUGAUGAAGAGGAGGAGGGAGAACAACAGCAACCACAGCAGGAGCAGCAGCAGGAUCAACUAGCAAGCAAGAAGCGUAAAUUGCGCAAUGGUGAUAACUUCUUUGCGCUUGAGACGCAGAUCAUGGAGCACUUUAGUCAUGUGCAGGAUGUGGAACAGCAACUGCAGCAGCUGCAGCGUCAAAGUCUGCGCAAUCAGUGCGAGCUGCUCAAGGAACUGCAGUCAGAGACUCAACGUCGUGCCAACACCUUACCCGAACUCAAGAAACUUUACGAAGUGUGUGAGCAGGAGGAACCAGCUCGCAAGUUGCUCUUAGAAGCAGCCCACAUCAAGCAGCUGGAGCAACGCUAUGCGGCAUUGAAUCAGCGUCUGACCAACCAGCAGAAUGAGAGCAGCACGCUGUUGGCCAAGGAGCGUUACUACAACAGCCUGACAGGCUUCAAGCUUGUCUUGGCAGAUUCUAGGGAUUGGUAUAAACAACAUGCGAGUUCAGCCAGCUGCCAGUCGCUGGAGCAGCGACUCAGCCACAUGGAAUCGCUGUCCACGGAGAUUGCCGAGGCACGCGAAGCCACCGAAGCACUCGAUGACCAGCUGAUCGAAUGGAAGCGGGACUUUGGCAUCUUCUACGACAGUUGGCACGACAUGAAGCAAGCGUUGCAGACGCUUAUCCAACAGCGUGGAGGCGAGACUCUUGUCCAACAGGUGCAACAACUGGAACAGUUUGUGGCGAAGGUGGCUGGGCAAAAGGUGCGUGUCUCACAUCUGGAGGCAAUGCAGCAACAGCAGCAGCUGCUCAAUCAACUGGUCGAUGAACUGGAGUCCCUAAAACCCAUCUAUGAACAUGUGCCUGCUCAGCUCUUGACCGCUGAGUUACAAGCUGCCUGGCAACGUUUGCCGGAGCAGCUGAGCGAACGCGUUAUUAAGCAGACGACGGCAAUUGAGAACCUCAAUCAUUUCGUGGCCGAAUACAAUUCGAUUAUAGCGGUGCUCAGCAGUGCUCCGGAAGUAGUGCAAGCGCAGGAUUUGCGUAAGCUGGAGAUUGAUGUGAUUAGUGCGCGUAAUUUCAGCGAGAUACUCAUCAAGGAGUCGGAGGAAGUGCAGCGUGAGACGCUGCAGUCGCAGAUAAGUGCGCUGAAUGCGCUCUACCAGCAGGUGGAGCAACUGCAUCAGGCACAGCGUCAACAGCAGUCGGCGCUGCAGUCGCAAAUCGAGGUGAUUCAACAGCGACUGCAUCAAACGGAACAUUGGCUCAGCGAACUGGAGGCAAACACGCCCAAAACGGGCGUCGCUGACAUUGGCAAUUCCAACGAGCUGUUCCAGAGCAAAUGCAAAUUCCAGACGCUCAAGGAGACCUGCGAAAGGGAGGCCACGCAAUUUCGGGAGCUCAACGAGCUGGGCGGCGAGUUGUUGCUGCAAAUGGAUGAGCUGCAGCACAAGGACAGCGAACAGGAGACGGAUAAGGAGAAGGAGAAAGAGAAGGAUGGCACGUUGGCCAAACAGUUUACACGCCUCAAUGCUCGCUGGUCUGAGGUUACGGAACGUGUGUAUGCCAAGACUGCGCUAUUGGAGCACAUCUCCACGCAGCUGGGGGAGUUUAAGAAGUUCAUGGUCAGCGAAACUGGCUAUUUGGAUCGCCUCGAGAACAAGAUACGCAACACACCCGAAAACGCUGCUGAUGCCGAGGAAAUUAUGGAAGAGCUAGACGAUCUGGAGAACGUGCUGCGUGCUCACUCCGAAGAGUGGUUGGACAAGAUUCAGGAAAUUGGCAACGAGCUAAUUGAUAAUGAAUUCAUGGCCGAUGUUAUGCGCAAGGACAUCGAUGGCAUUGUAGUGCGCUGGACACAGCUGCAACAGCAGGCCAAGAAGCGCACCGAACUGCUCGAGGAGAAGGUCAGCGAGGCGGAGCAAUCGGAGCGGGCGGUCGUCCAACUGGAGGCGUGGCUAACGCGCAUGGACGACAUACUCAGCGAGCAUCUGGAAAACGAUGUGACCAUUGAGGAUCUGCCCGACGAUUUUCAGAUUUUGGCCCGCGAAUUUGCCAUUAACGAGCGCAACUUUAAAGACAUAACUGAAUUGAUUGCAGAGCACACCCGCAAGGGGAAAACAGGAGCUGCCAAUCGGUUGCAGGAGCAGCUCAAUUUGAUGGAAAUGCGCUUCAAGGCCUGUCAGGCGAAGCUGAACAAAUGCACUGCUCCGCAGCCUGCCUACGAGUCGCGGUUGAAUCGUGCCUACGGCGAUCUACGCAAUGUGGAACACUCCACUUUAGUGCUGGAUGUGGCCUCAGCUGGUCCCAGCACCGUGCAGGCGCAGUAUCAAAAGUGUUUGCAAAUUUAUCGCACACUCUCUGAAAUUAAGGCGGAAAUCGAGAGCACCAUAAAGACGGGACGUCGAGUGUGCGAGGAUAAAUACACCAAGUCACCAAAGCAGCUGAGUCAACGCAUCGAUGCACUGAAGCAUUUGUACAAUGCACUCGGUGAGAAUGUGACGCAGUCGAAGGCUUUUCUAGAGGGUCUUCUCAAGCUGGCCAGACAACUGGAGCAAUGCUUCGAGUCUGCAGAUGAGUUAAUACGCCGCUUCGAGUCGCCACAGGAGUUGCACGAUCGCAACUCCAUAUUGCUGGAGUUUGAGGAUGUGCUGCAGCGAUGCGAGGAUCACUACAAUGAGUACAGCAAGUCCUGUGAUCAGAGUUGCAUGCAGGAGACGCGUCAACGCAUCGAUGGACUGAAGGCGACCUAUCAUAAGUUGACAAGUGCUGAUAUCAUCAAACGUUUGACUGAGAUGAAGGCAACGCUACAGAACUUGGAUAACAUAUCAUUGGAUACUCUAAAAGCCAUGGAGCAUGAUCUGAAGGAGAUAAAUGUGCCGUCGAAUCCGGAAAUUGAAAAGUUACAGCAACAAGUGAUUGCGAUUGUUGUGGAUACAUUAAAAACGCGCCACAAUCAGCCAAGCAUUUUGGCCAAACCCAACGACGACGAUACGGAAAUUGUUGUAGUUAGCGAUACAGUGCGUCAAAGACGUGCGCGCACACCUCAAGCCGGCGAAGCUGCCGGCGCCUCCUCGCCAUCUCCCAAGGCAGCCACCGAAGCGGAGGCAACGGGCGAACAAGUCUUGCCAGAUUUGUUGCCACCACAAACGUUUCGUCUGGCCGAAUCGAGCACUCUCUUUUCCCAGAUCUCGUUGAAUCCUGCUAAAAUGGUUGCCGAAUCGAUGGCACCGCCAAAGCCAUUGAAGAAUAAACGCAAGGCGCCAGCAGCACCUGCUCAAGUGGUUGAGAUCAAGGUGAAGAACAUACAGAAUGAUAAGAUGUCUGUGCAGAAUAUCGCUCUCGAACCUCAGCAAGGCGAAAUCGUUGACACCGUGAACAUCUUGGAGAGCGUGGAGCCGCUGUUGCCCGAGUAUGUGCAGACUGUGCAGAUUGUAGAUCUGUCUGAAGACUCGGACUCUUCGCUACGCGUCGAUGCCGAUGGCAAAGAGGUGCGACGCAGCAAGAGCAAACGCUCGCUAUGCGAAUCACCAAAGCUAAAGACAGCUGAGAUGGAGGAAGAUAAAGAAGAUGAGACGGAGCUGCUGCGUCCUGGAGCGGGCAAUACAAGUACUCCGUUUUUGCGUGUGGAAAAGCAGCGCAUCUCCUUUGAUGAGAAACGCAAACGCAUAGCUCAUGAGCGGGAUAUUCUGCGGGAUUCCGAAGAGGAAACCGAACAGCAGCCAACAACUGAGGCAACUACAACACCAACAACAACACCAACAAUAACAACCGCAACUGAAGAGCGUCCCAAGGCGAAACGCUGGCGUCAGUUGCAACCUGAAUUGGAGGCACUGACGCCGGACACAGAACCCGAAUCGCCCAUUCGCAAUAGUUUCUAUAGUCCCGAUAAGGAGACAGGUUACGAUAUUGAGCCCUUGGUAUUCUCCGAUGAUGAGGAGAUACCACGUUUCUCGAUGGAAAUGACACCAACGUUUGACUCCGAUAGUGAUACGAGUCGCAUUGAGACGCCCUCGACGAAGAAGCCAAACUCUUUUCUGAGCAAGGUGCUCAGCUCAAUGCCCUCGACACCUCUCGAUGACUCCAAUGAGACCCUGAAGAGUCCCCCUUGUGGAGAAGCUGGUGCUCCUACUGGCUUGGAACAACGUGUGCAGGACUUUAAUAAGUUGGCCGAGCAGAUGAUCUACAAACUGGAAUUGACCAAGGUCAAGAUCGAACAGUGUCACGAGAGCGAAGCCGAGGAUUUGCGACUUCUAAUUGCGCCCGAUGCUGCCACACUGAUCUCCAGGGGCGACUCCUUGGUGCUUGAGACCCAUGGCAAACAAGGCGGCAUCUCUCGCCUGGUCAUGCUCACCCAGAUUAUAUUGCGUGAAAAGUUCCGCGAGGUGCAACAGGCCAAAUGCAAAGUCACUGGCUCGUCAAAUCCACGUCCCAUGCCGGAGAGUGUUAACAUUGAGGAGCUGGUCACGAAGGGAUUGCGACGCAUUAACGUGCUCAUUGAGAAGCCCGUUGACCUUAAGUCCAGCACUGAGCUAGAGAAACGCAUGGAGGACAUCAACGAACGCCGAGACGAUUUGCAGGUCAUUGUCGGCGCCAUCGGAAAGAAUCCUCAAAUGCCAAAGGUUACGCCCGUCAUGAUGAGUGAAAUCGAAAAGACUAAAAACAAUUUGAUUGCUCAUGCCGAUUCGAUUGAGCUCUCAUUGACCGAACUGAAAAAUGGCACUAAAAUUGGCAACGGCAACAGCAACAGCAAGGGAUCAGGCGUCGCCACUCGACAGGAUUACAACAACGAACCGAGUGGAAGCGGCACUUUGGCCAGCAGCUUUGAUAAGUCAGUGCUGCACAUUUCCGACUGGCUAACUUGGGAACAAAACAUGAUCAAGAUACAGAGCGUGCUCGUCGACGAUGUCGAUGCCGUUCGCUUGGCCAUCGAGAAACAGGAGAAAGUUUUGCGUGAAUUGAAAAUGAAAAAGCCGCAACUCAAUGAACUGGUCCACACGGCGGAAGUGCUUAAAGGUGACAUCAAGCGGCAGCAGCUACAGGAGAAAGAAUUAAAACAGUUCUCAUUAGCUCCGCACUGUUCAGCUGAUUUAGACUAUUUACGUUGCUUUCUCAAAGUUACCCGACUGAGGGAGCAUUGGGAUGAGACGUCGCAGUGUGUGUUGCAACGUGCGGCACAGUUGAAGAGCAUGCUGAGCGAUUCACAGCGCUUUGAGGCGAAGCGUCUCGAGCUAGAGAAGUGGUUGGCACGCAUGGAACAGCGUGCUGAGCGAAUGGGCACAAUUGCCACCACAGCUGAUAUAUUGGAGGCACAGCAGAAGGAACAGAAGUCCUUCCACGCCGAGCUGCAUCAGAAUAAGCAGCACUUUGAGCUCUUCAGCGAUUUGACACAGAAUCUAAUUGCAGUCUAUCCCAACGAUGAUACUUCCAGAAUUAAAAAGAUGACGGAAGCCAUUAAUCAACGCUACUCGAACUUGAACAAUGGCGUGAUUAAUCGUGGCAAACAACUUCAUGCAGCUGUGCACAGUCUGCAAUCAUUUGAUCGCUCCAUGGAUCAGUUCCUGGCUUUUCUCUCGGAAACGGAGACACUUUGUGAAAAUGCUGAAUCGGACAUUGAACGUAAUCCACUCAUGUUCAAGGAUCUACAAUCGGAAAUUGAAACCCAUCGCGUUGUUUACGAUCGUCUCGAUGGCACCGGCCGCAAACUUUUGGGUUCGCUCACCUCACAAGAGGAUGCGGUUAUGCUGCAGCGUCGCUUGGAUGAAAUGAAUCAACGUUGGAAUAAUUUAAAAUCGAAAAGUAUUGCAAUCAGAAAUCGCUUGGAAUCAAAUUCGGAGCAUUGGAAUGCGCUGUUGUUGUCACUCCGCGAGCUAACCGAGUGGGUCAUUCGCAAGGAUACAGAGCUAAGCACAUUGGGCUUGGGUCCAGUGCGCGGCGAUGCGGCGAGUUUGCAAAAGCAAUUGGAUGAUCAUAAAGCUUUUCGACGUCAGCUGGAGGAUAAACGCCCAAUUGUUGAGAGCAAUUUAACGAGCGGUCGUCAGUAUAUUGCCAGCGAGGCGCCCGUUUCGGACACCAGCGAUACGGAGGCCGCACACGAUUCCGACUCACGUUACAUGUCCGCCGAGGAGCAGAGCCGUGAGCUGACACGCAGCAUCCGGCGGGAGGUGGGAAAACUUUCGGAGCAAUGGAACAAUCUAAUCGAUAGAUCUGACAAUUGGAAGCAUCGUUUGGAUGAAUACAUGACGACCAGUUCAGUUUCAGUUGUAGCUCAGAUUCUAAUAACCAACACGCUCAAAAAAAUGCGCCAAUUUCAGAAGGUGUUGGAGGAUUUAAGCUCCCGCGUCGCAUUGGCUGAGCAAACAAAGAAUGCCUGGCAGACGCCCGCAUCGGUGGGCGAGGCAAAUGAGCAGAUGCAACAGCUGCAACGGCUGCGGGACAAGAUGACCACGGCCAGUGCACUACUCGAUGAUUGCAAUGAGCAGCAGUCCUUCUUCACCGCCAAUCAGGUGCUGGUGCCAACGCCCUGUUUGUCCAAGCUCGAGGAUUUGAAUACACGCAUGAAACUGUUGCAAAUUGCAAUGGACGAGCGUCAGAAGGUUUUGUGCCAGGCUGGCGCUAAUCACACGCACGAGAACGGCGACGAUGGACGCAACACAUCGAACAGUGGCACCAUUGGGCCAUUACCUAAUUUGGGGCAGAGCGUUAAGCCGCCCUGGGAGCGUGCCACAACCGCCGCCAAUGUGCCUUACUACAUCGAUCAUGAACGCGAGACCACACACUGGGACCAUCCCGAGAUGAUUGAGCUGAUGAAAGGACUGGCUGAUCUUAAUGAAAUACGCUUCUCCGCCUACCGCACGGCUAUGAAGCUGCGCUCGGUCCAGAAGAGAUUGGCUCUCGAUCGCAUCUCGAUGGCCACCGCUUGUGAGUCGUUCGAUCGCCAUGGGCUACGUGCGCAGAACGAUAAACUUAUCGAUAUACCGGACAUGACAACGGUGCUGCAUUCGCUCUACGUGACAAUCGAUAAAAUUGAUUUGACGCUAAUGCUCGACCUGGCCAUCAACUGGAUACUGAAUGUCUACGACUCGCAGCGAACUGGCCAAAUUCGCGUGCUCAGCUUUAAGGUGGGACUUGUGCUUCUCUGCCGUGGUCACCUCGAGGAGAAGUAUCGCUAUCUCUUCCGCCUGGUGGCUGACACCGAUAGGCGAGCGGAUCAGCGACGUCUGGGACUGCUGUUGCACGAUUGCAUACAGGUGCCUCGGCAAUUAGGUGAAGUGGCUGCCUUUGGUGGCUCCAACAUUGAGCCUUCGGUGCGCUCUUGUCUCGAACAGGCGGGCAUUUCACAGGAGGCCAUCGAUGGCAAUCAGGAAAUUUCAAUUGAACUGCAACACUUCCUCGGCUGGCUGCAGCAUGAGCCACAAAGUCUCGUCUGGCUGCCUGUGUUGCAUCGUCUGGCGGCUGCCGAGGCGGCCAAGCAUCAGGCCAAGUGCAACAUUUGCAAAGAGUAUCCGAUUGUGGGCUUCCGUUAUCGUUGCCUCAAGUGCUUCAAUUUCGACAUGUGCCAAAAGUGUUUCUUCUUCGGCCGCAAUGCCAAGAACCACAAGCUCACCCAUCCCAUGCACGAGUAUUGCACAACGACCACAUCCACCGAAGACGUGCGUGAUUUUACGCGUGCGCUCAAAAAUAAGUUCAAGAGUCGCAAAUACUUUAAGAAGCAUCCACGAGUCGGCUAUCUGCCGGUGCAGAGUGUGCUCGAGGGCGAUGCACUCGAGAGUCCUGCGCCCAGUCCACAGCAUACAACGCAUCAGCUGCAGAAUGACAUGCACUCUCGCCUCGAGAUGUAUGCGUCGAGGCUGGCACAGGUUGAAUACGGCGGAACUGGCUCCAAUUCGACGCCCGACAGCGAUGAUGAGCAUCAGCUGAUAGCACAGUAUUGUCAGGCGCUGCCCACGAACAAUGGAAGUGCGCCCAAGUCACCGGUGCAGGUGAUGGCCGCCAUGGAUGCGGAGCAGCGCGAAGAGCUGGAGGCCAUCAUACGUGAUCUCGAGGAGGAGAAUGCCAAUCUGCAGGCCGAGUACCAGCAGCUGUGCAGCAAACAGCAGAGCGGCACCCCCGACGACAGCAAUGGCAUGCAGCAUUCGAGCUCCAGCAUGACGGGUCUAGCCGGCCAAGGCGAGCACGGCCAGGACAUGAUGGCCGAGGCGAAGCUGUUACGUCAGCACAAGGGUCGCCUGGAGGCGCGCAUGCAGAUCCUCGAGGAUCACAAUCGACAGCUGGAGGCGCAACUGCAGCGUCUGCGCCAGCUCCUGGACGAACCCAAUGGAGGCAGCGCCAACAGCAGCGCAUUGAACAGCGCCGCCGGCUCUGCACUGAACUCGAAACCAAACACGCUGCAAACUCGCUCGGUGACCGCCUCGCAGUUGAACACCGAUUCGCCAGCCAAAAUGAAUCAGCAGAACGGACACUAUGAGCACAAUUCAAACGCCGCUGAUCAUUUGGUGACUGUCAUUACGGAACAGGAAAUCGAGAGUAACAACGAUGACUUGGAUGAGAGCAGCAGCAGCACGACAACAAAUACAACGACGACGACGACCACAAAUACAGAGAAAACCUGUGUGGAACUAAAGAAAUAAGUUUCGAUACUUAAAAAAAGAAAGAUGAAAAAAAGAGAAAUGCAAGGCAAUACUAAAAUGAAAAUAAUAUUAGAGUAGAAGUGGCCGACUUAAGGAUACUUCACUGUACUGGCUGGCGUGCAAGCAAAUUCUAAACAGUAUGCAUAUAUACAACUAAUAUACCUAAACACACAACUUAUACAUAUAUAUACAAAUAUCGUGGUACAUAUAUUUAUACAUAUGAUUAUUACCAGCAACAAAAUGAUAAGAAUGGAAGCUGAGCAACGUUUUUUAUUAGUUACGAAACGAUAUCAAUAAUAAGUAAAUGAUACAUAUUAAAAGCUGAAAAUAAUGCAGAAAUAUAAAUUUUAGUUAAGAUAUUUACAUAUAUACAAAUAACAUAAACAUCGUAAUUAUGCAUAAUCAAUUGCAAGCACAAGCAAAACUGUUAAAAAAGAAUGCACUUUUUUGUCAAAAAAGAAACAUAAACCACAAUAGAUGUAAUAAAAGAAAAAGCCAGCAGGCUUAUUUCUUGUUGUAUUAAAAACAAAAAAUUCAAUUGGCAUUUAAAUGCUAUUCGAUUUAUGAUUUUAUCCAUUGAACAGUUUUUAAUUUAUUGAUUUUCGAUUAAUGUGUAUUUUGUAUUAUAAUUUAAAUUGUGCUAACUAAAAGUGUGCUGCAAUGUUUUUUAUUAAAAGAAAUUAGUUAUUAUUGAACAACAACAC